UUUUAUUCCUUUUUUUAAAAAAAACACAAUUAUAGCAAGUAAAUUAAAAAAAUUAUUGAUUAUUAUUACUCAUUUUGUGUCCCCUUUUCGUCGUUGCUUCGUCCUCCUCUUUAUCCUCCCCCUUUCCCCUCUCUCUGUAAUAUUCUUUCUUCUGACUCUUUCUUUUUCGAUAAUUCUUUCCUUUGUUCAUAUUCUCCCUUGUCUCUGCUUAUUUCUUUCCUUUCAGCCAUCUCUAUUAAGAUCUUGCAGAUCUGAUCUCAGCUAAAUUGAAUUUCGCAAGAAAUUUAACAGAUCGAGAGAUUUGAAAAAAAAAAUGGCGGAGGAGCAUAGAUGCCAAGCACCGGAAGGCCACCGUCUUUGCGUCAAUAACUGCGGCUUUUUCGGAAGUCCGGCGACCAUGAAUCUUUGCUCUAAAUGUUACAGAGAUUUCCGUCUUAAAGAACAACAAGAAGCUUCUUCGAUCAAAUCCUCUCUAUCUUCUUCUCCUACGUCUUCUUCAACGGUCGUCGAGUCCGUUUCACAGGUUCCUCUUUUGACUCUCCCUGAGGUCAAUGGAGAAUCUCCCGUUCCGGCGGUCGAGAUUGCGCCGGCGACAGCUGAGCAGCGACCGCAGCAACAACCAAAUCGAUGCAUGGUUUGCCGGAAGCGAGUCGGAUUAACCGGGUUUAGAUGCAAGUGCGGGAUCACGUUUUGCGGGUCUCACAGGUACCCCGAGAACCACGGCUGUUCGUUCGAUUUCAAGACGAUUGGGAGAGAGGAGAUCGCACGCGCUAACCCGGUGGUCAAAGCUGAGAAGCUGGAGAAGAUUUGAGAAGAAGAUGGAAAGCCUUUGGAUCCUUUGACUUUUGAUUGAAGAAUGGAAUUUGUCAAACUCCUUUAGAUCAGGACACGUGUUCCAGUGGUGGUCCCCACAAUGCAGAGAACCAUAAUCGGGCUGGAUAAAAAUAUUUUCAUCUUAAAAAAUGAAGUCUUUUUUUUUAUAUUUUAAUUUAUGUGGCCUUUUAGUUUCUUCGCUUUGUAAAAAAUGGAACCUUUUCUUUUUAACCUUACCUCUUCCUUUUUAUCUCUAUGGGUGGAAAAAAGUAAAAAGUAAAAAGAAAAAAAACAAACAAAAAAAUGGAAUCGAAAUUCUGUGUAGAUUCUCUUAUUUGAAGCUCUUA